AUGACCGCUAAUCCUCAAAAUACGGUCGAAAUGCUUGACUCCAUCUCGGUGCAGUCUUUCAAGACAGACGCUGAUCGGUACGACGCCAAAGAGGCGGCAAAACGACUUUUGGCUCGUCUGGAGACUCCAUUCGAAAGGUCAUGGGCCCUUUCGUUUGAAAAUCCGGUUCUUAUAGCCGGACUGCAACUUUGUCAAGACCUGGGAGUAUGGUCUAAAUGGGUCACCAAGCAGGGCAACGAGGGAGGCACACAGAGUUUGGACGAGAUCUUGGAGAUGUGUGACGUUCCGGUGCAGCCCAACCUCCUCCGUCAGCUCGAUGAUUCCUUUCAUCAUGCCGACCGAUCUUCCAUGGGUGACGAGACCACACACAUCCAUCUUUCUGUACAAGCCGGUCUGGAUCAUACCAUUCCUGGCGGGGUCAACCUUGCACGCUUCCUCGCUAAAAAUCACUACCAAGAGCCUCUCGAUAAGACGAAGUUUGAUAAUUACGCCGAUCUUUUCGGGACUGGCUUUUUCGAUCUUUGCCAACGUGACCCUUCCGCAGGCGGGAGCUUUAUCGGACUGAUGACAGCCCUCGCGACCCACAAGAUGAAUUGGACCGAUGUUUAUGACACACAUGGUCUUGUUCAAGACGCCGAUCUAUCGGACUCAGGGCCAGCCUUGUUUGUGGACAUCGGGGGAGGACACGGUCUUGACAGUGCACGUUUCCUAGCGAAGCACCCAGAACUGUCAAAGUCGGCCAAAAUUGUUGUACAAGAUCUGCCAGAGGUGGUGUCGACACACGCCAAGGAGAAAUUGGGCCCUAGGAUCGAGAGGAUGGCUUACGAUUUCUUCCAGCCGCAACCGCUGCUCGGUGCCAGGGCCUAUUUCCUACACGCCGUGCCGCACGACUGGCCGGACGGGGACUGCAAGCGGAUCUUCCACAACGUGAAGGCGGCGAUGCAGAAGGGCUACUCGAAGCUACUGAUCUAUGAGAUAGUGAUGCCCAGGGAAGGGGCGACAAGCCUGAUGACGACACUUGAUCUGCAGCUGAUGAACUGCACAUCUGGUUUCGAGAGGACGGAAGAGGAUUGGAGCAAUCUCCUGGGCGAGUCUGGUUUCAGGAUCGUUGGCUAA